UUUUAUUUAUUUAUUUUUUUUUUACUUUAUUUUUAGCAGGAAGAAACAAACAAUUUCUACUACCUUGGAAACCCCUUCAACACGUUAUCUGUCUGCCCUGUCUACCUGUUGUACUUAAUAAAUUAAAUUUAAAGGGCACCAGGUUUCUGCCAUACAAAUAGUAAAUACAAUCAGUGGCAGCUUCCCUCCACUCUCAUGCUGCUUCCAAUCCAACUUUUAUUGGAGAAGGUGCUCCAAUGCAUCCGAUAUUUCUGACGUUUUAGACGUUAUAUAUUUUGUAUAAGCACACAAAAAUUAAGAUUUAACAGUUAAAAUGUUCAAGAUAUGGAUUUAGGCUUUGUCCUAUCAUUUUAGAGCAGCAUACAACUGUUACAUGAUCCGUUUUUAACAUAUCAUUAUGCCAUCGUUUUGUCAUUGAUAUGUAUUAAUACAUUCGUAAAGGCAUAUAAUUGAUAUGUUGUUGUUGAUAUUUAAUUUCGAUCAUUUCAACAACCACUCGUCAAAAUUUUAGCCAAUUACUUUGGACUGACUUACUGGGGUCAGAUGAUACAGUCAAUACCAUUGAAAAUUUUGAAACCCUCUGCGCCUCCGUACCAUCUGAUCUUCUGAUUAAGCCCAGACCGCACCAACUGCACCAAAAAGCACGAGAAGUUUGUGCCCCAAGCAACAGCCACGUCUCUCUCCCUGCCUGCCACCUGUAAUGCUACGCAUUACUCCUCUAAAUGACCAAAAUACCCUCACAAAUUCCUGCCCAAAACCGGCAAAUUUCCUCAAAACGUCAUGCCCUUUUAUGUCCAUCAAAAUCGUCCUCUUUAAAACGUGAUUCCCUCUCUCCCCCUCUGAAUAUCCUCCUCACUCCACUCCGCUUCUCUCCCACAAAAAAAGCACAAAAUCCCUGAAAAAUCAGAGAACCAAACACAACAAAAAAUGGAACAUGCAAAAUGCAGCAGCGGCAGCGGGUCGUCCAAGGCCCAAACACUUCUCAACCGCUCUGCCCAUUGCCUCAGCCGCCGAGAUUUCUCUACUUGCCGCAAGCUCGCUCUUCAAGCUCGAGAAUCCGACCCCUACAACUCCGCCCCCGACCAAAUCCUUGCCGUCGCCGACGUUCUGCUCGCCGCCAACCGCCAAAACCCACCUGACUGGUACUCCGUUCUUCAAAUACCCCGACCCGGACCCGCAAACCCGACUCUCAUCCGGACCCAGUUCGAGAAACUCAGCACCCUCUUGGAACCCGGCAAGAACCGGUUCGCUUUCUCUCAGGAGGCCAUGUGGCUCAUCAAGAAAGCCUGGUCCGUACUAUCGGACCCGGAGAAGAAAACCCAUUUCGAAAACGGGUCUGAGGAAGGGAAAGAAAGCGGAAAACAGAGAGAGGAGAGGGGAGGAAUUGUGGGUAAUGGGAAAAAUGGCGGAGGGUAUAAUGGGGGAAAGACAUUCUGGACUGUGUGUCCGUACUGCUAUUAUAUGUUUGAGUACGAGAAGGUGUAUGCAGAUUGUUGCUUGAGGUGCCAGAAUUGCAGGAAAGGUUUCCAUGGAGUGGCGAUAAAGCCGCCGUCAGGGGAUGUGAUAGUGGAGGGACAGGAGCAGUACAGUUUCUGUUUUGGCUACUUUCAAAUGGGGUAUAUGGACCCGAAUUCGAAGAUGGAAUCGGAGGUAGUUGACAAGAAAGACGAGAAUGUGGUGGUGAUAUCCGAUGAUGAUUCCGAUGAGGACGAUUUCGGUGAUGGUAAUGUGGGUUUUGAGGGAAUGCAUGAGGAAGUGGUGAGGAGUGGGAGUCAUGGAGCUGAAGGGAAGACGCCGGUGAAGAGGGUGAAGAUUCCGGCUGGGCGGAUAAAGAGCACGAAAUCAAAGUCCGUGGCGAGGAAUACGAAGAAGAUAAUGGGGAAUGGGAUGAGGAGUAGGAGGAUUGAGUUGGAGGAUGUUGAGAGACUGAAAUGUGAGGACAUGGAGGUUGAAGAGGGAAAUGGAGUUGGUGAGGGAGAGGGGGGUAGUGGGAGUGGUGGAACGGGAGGGAUAGAGUUUUUUGAAGGAGAAGAUGAUAUCUUUGUUGGAAUUGGGGAUAGUCCCAUAUGAAAGGAAUGCACGGCUUUUCGGGGUCGUUGAAGGAAGCUUUCUGAAUGGUUGAGGUAGCUAGUGGAAGGGUUUUCACAGUUGAAAGGAGACUGGAUGAUGACUCAAUGAACCAGCUUUCUAUAAUCAUAUGUUUCAAUACAAUUAUAAUGGCGGCCGAUCCUGGACUGGACUUGGAAAGUCAGUUUGAUAAGUGUUUAUUCUUGUUGGAUGUGACUAAUGUAGUUAGCCUGUUAAGAAGUUUAAGAUAUCUCCAAGAUGAAUUAGACAGAAAUCUGUAUAUCGCAUUGACAAAAUUUGAAGAGUAUGAGUUCUUUGAAUUAGAAUUCGAUUUGGGUUUUUCUAGGUUGGGAAUUGGGUUCUGGAUUUUCUGCUAAAUGAGUGAUUUCCAUGUACUGGACACUUCUUGAAAGAUAGUAGACAA